AUGGGCCGCGAAGAUCAGAUUGAAGAGCGCGAGGUGCUCGAUUCCAUUUUCCCAGAGGAAAUCACAGAUUUAUCGGAUACCUCAUACAGGAUAUCAAUCGCCCUCGACGCGCCGGAAAAUGACGUCGAAGAAGCUGAACAGCCCGUGUUGCUCCUGCAGGUCUCAUACCCUGCAGAUUAUCCCGAUGUUGCUCCGGAGCUCGAACUAUCCGCUCCUCCAAACGCCCCCAGACACCCUCGGCUAGAUGUCCAGGAAGAUCGGGACCAACUACUCGAAUCUUUACAGCCUACUAUUGAGGAGAACCUGGGGAUGGCCAUGGUUUUCACCCUUGUCAGUGCUCUCAAGGAGAAUGCCGAGCAAUUAAUGUCUGAGCGGGUGAAUGCUGUCCAUGCGGAGAAAGAGAAGGAAGCCGCUAAGGCUGAAGAAGAGGAGAAUCGAAAAUUCCAGGGUACAGCUGUGACCAGAGAGACAUUCAUAGAGUGGCUAGAGAAGUUUAAGGCGGAGAUGGAGGAAGAGGAGAAGAGGCAACGAGAAGAGAAAGAUGCGGAGGAUAAGAAAGCGAAUAAAAAGUCUCCGGCUAAGGAAGAGAAGAAGAUGACUGGGAGACAACUAUGGGAGACAGGCUUGGCUGGCAAGGCAGACCUUGAUGAGGAAGGCGAAGAUGCUUUGCCUGAUGUUGAGAAGAUGAAGAUUGCUGCGUAG